AGGCCGCCUGGUCGCUACAGUGUUGUUGUUCUGCAGAUGAUCGGUGGACGGGCUGUGUUUGGCAACCUUCAUAUUGCAUUUCCUGUUCAUAUGGCGUGUCCACUCAUCAGGUAAUGAUGUGUGUCGAUGCAAGAGUUGGCUUUUCUGGUUAUUGUAACGUGUGUGUGUAAGGUGAGGAGACCAGUGGUGAGGUCAAUAAAGCAUCACAACAAAUGAAGGAUGAUUCCCAGUAUUCAGUCUGUAGCUAGUAGACGUGCAGGUCCUCGGCAUCAGCAUAGAAGGUCCUCCAGUGGCAGCCAUGAACUGAGGAACCAGACUGCUUUGCCCAUUCCUAUGGCCCAGGAAUGCAUCGAGGCUCCAAGAUUUCUGCAUGAUUUUGUGUAUGUGCAUAACCCCUCUCGUGAUCCAAGCUUGAGGCAUAUGGCUGAAGAACAGAAUUUACCAACAGACCGGAGUAACAAAUUAACACGAGUUAAACUCACUAAAUCUCCCAAUUCUGACCGUGACACGGGUAAAUUUUUUGUAAGGACUGCAGGGGGCAUGAGUGUCUCGAUACCGGAGCUUCCACCCGAACCAACAAGCACAGCAGAAAACGUGCGUGUGAACAUUGCAACACCACAACCUGUAUCACAACUUGAAGAUAGUACUUUGAAGAGCACUGUUACCCCAGCCAUUACACCAGUUACGAAGACCCGUACAAAUCAGUCCAACAGUUAUUUACCCCUCAGUGUGGAACUCAUUGCAGGUAGAGGUCAAACCAGUAUGCCCAGUGAUGGUAAUAAGAGCACUACCAACACCAAAGUGAGAAGUUUGCCGCCAUCUCACACACUGGCUAUGUCUGCUUCAUUUAUCAAAUCAUAUUUUAGUUCUGGUCCUGAAAAACAACAAUCAAAGAGUGCUGGCUCAACUCCAGAGACUGAGACUUCUGUCAAGACAAAAAUGUUAGGAUUAUGGAAUAAUGUUAAAUUUGGUUGGACAGUUAAUCUAAAAACAAAUUUCUCAAGGGAUUCACCAGUUUACCUCCUAGGCUGUGUGUAUCAUAAAUGUUUAGGUGAAGAUGAAGAGAAUUCCGAGGAGGAGGUAGAGAGGCAUGGCAUGGAAGCAUUCAAACGCCACUUUCACAGUCUAGUAUGGUGUACAUAUCGGCGACAGUUCCCCACCUUGCAGGACUCUACUCUAACCACUGAUUGUGGCUGGGGCUGUAUGUUAAGAACAGGCCAGAUGAUGCUAGCUCAUGCUCUCAUCCGACACUUCCUCACAAAAGACUGGCGAUACAACAAGAAUAUAACAGGACCAGAUGACUUGGUUCAUCGAAGCAUCUUGCGGUGGUUCGGUGACUCCCCGUCACCACAUUGUCCACUGUCACUUCAUAACUUGGUUCACUUUGGGCAAAAGUUGGGAAAGAAAGCAGGGGAUUGGUAUGGACCAGCAUCUGUAGCUUACAUAUUUAAAGAGGCUGUGGAAAUGGGCUCCAAGUACAUUCCUGAUUUACAGAGAGUUUGUGUUUAUGUUGCUCAAGAUUGUGCCGUAUACAUCCAAGAUGUUUUGGACCUCUGCUUCUCUUCCUGUGUGUGUAAUAAAGGCAAUCUUAUUAACGUGGCAAAAGUUAUUCAUAAAAGAAAAUCUACUGUGCCUCAAGGAGGAUUUUCACUUCCAGCUGAUAAACUUGGUUCCUCCCCAGUGUUUAAAAAGGCUUCUAAGGCUGACCAAAUGGACGGAAAUAAGUUAAGUAGUGAGAAAAGAUAUUGUCAAGAAAAUGAAGUGGAACAGGAUACUGGACUAGACUCUGAAAUAAUCAUGAAUGGAAAAUGUUGUAAAGAUUCCCAGACAGAGAUGUCGAGACAGACACAGAAGUGGCAUUUCUUCUCGUCAAAUUUAUCCACGGGUGUUAAUGACCAAGAAACGGAUGAAAGUGUAAAUCGAGAAAAACAAGAUGGACUUGUGGGCAGCCAAUCAUUUGAGCAGUGUUCAGUGUGUGAUAAUUGGAGAUCUGUUCUGGUAAUGGUCCCUAUUAGAUUAGGAGGUGAAGCUUUAAAUCCUAUAUACGCUCCAUGUUUAUAUUCUCUCUUUACGCACGACUUAUGUGUUGGCAUCAUUGGAGGACGACCAAGGCACUCGCUCUACUUUGUGGGAUUCCAAGAUGAUUCACUGAUCCACUUGGACCCACACCUUUGCCAAGAUGCUGUCAUGGUGACCCAGCAAUAUUUCUCUCUUUCCUCCUACCAUUGUUCUUCCCCACGCAAAAUGGCACUUUCCCGCAUGGACCCUUCUGCUACCUUGGGCUUCUACUGCCACUCAAGACUAGACUUUUUACGACUGAUGGAGGAACUUCCAGAGCUUGUUACACCCAAGCAGCCAGGAUUUGAAUACCCAAUAUUUGAGUUCUUGGAUGGUCGGUGCGAAGAUGCCGACGCCUGCGCUCGACAAGUUACUACAGAAGAUGAAAUGGCCGCUUCUCUACCAGGAGAUACCCCACUCCUCCCUCAAGAUUCCGAAGAGUUUGUGUUCCUCUGAUUAUAUACCCCAUCUGGUUAAUGUAUUAUAGUACAGUAGAAUAUUAUUGGUUUCCCAGUCAUUGUGUGAAGUGUACAACUGUAUUAUUUGUAACAGAUAUAAUACAUUAAAAACAUGUGCUGUAUUCUGACAGUAAUCACAGAGCAUUUUAAUUAUUCUAUGGUUCGGUGCCACGGUAAAAUUUUUAAUUUGUCAAUACUUUUUAAUAUUGGUUAUUAUUAUCCAGUGGAUAGUUCUUGCCACAGAAAACUAUGAUAUUCAGGAGUGACGUAAGUACCAUUCCCAAGAAUAUCAAGAUCAAGGCCUUACAAAUGAAAAUUCAACGUACUUUAUAUAUUGCAAGAGCAUAACUGUUGUAGAAGAAUGGGGUGAAAGUCUCAAAGCUUUUAAUAUUACUUUCAAUGUUUGGCUAAAUUUUGUGCUAAAUCAGAGAGAAUUAAAAACUGAAUAAGUGAUACUUUUUUUAUAUUAUUUGUCAGCUUGUAUUGUCAUUAAACUUUUUCAUCCAAAACAGCAUUAUCUAGACACAGGGGAGCUAAUAUUAACAUAGUUCAGUAACACACUGAACAUUUUGCACGCUGCCAACUGAAUAUCAGAUCCCAACAGCAAAUAAAAAUAUCAGUACAUGCCUUAAAUCAAAGAUUCAUAUACCUUGAGGUGCUUCCGGGGCUUAGCGUCCCCGCGGCCCGGUCGUCAACCAGGCCUCCUAUAUGCCCAAAAUAUUAUCAACAAAACUUUUUAUAAACACAAAGCUCAACAAUAAGUAUGUAAUGAAAAGCUCAUAAAUGUUUUCAUUGUAUUUUACUGGAGUGUAUAUUAUUUUUCAAGUGUUACUUCUAUUGGAAUAUCUGGCAUGCAAAAUUUUGUUGAUGACAGUUAACUGGUUAACACAAAUGUUCAAUUAAAGUACUGUAAGGUGGUUGGUAAUGUGCAUCAAUAACUUAGGCUUGGAUAUGAAUUAGUACAAGGUAGCCUUAAUAUUUUCUGUUCACUUACAUUCACUGUGAUCAUUUAUAUUACUGAGUCAAGAUAAUAACAUUUAUCAUCCAUUGUAGUACUGGUUAAAUAUUUAUUAUGCUAAUAUUAUCAGCAAUUCAGAAAUUUUUUUUAUUACAUUGUAUAACGAUAACCUGUUUUUAAUUUAUUUUCAGCGGUAAAGUAGAUAAAUAUAACUACAUAUGUACAAUAUUAAGUGUGACAUUAAAACUUAUUUGUUUUUCAUAUAUGAAUAUCAUUGACUGUAUUACUGAAUUUAUUUAUUUACAGCAUUAGUGAAUAAUUACUGAGUAAUUACUGGAUAAUUGUGUAUGUCUGGACAUGCAACUUCCUAGAAUUUAACAAUGUAAAGUCACUUGUGUUCAGUUGUGUAUAUUUUGUAUUAAUGAUAAGGCAAAUGCAAUGUUGUUGAGCUAUAAUAGAAUGAUUAAUUUAUUCUCUAAAAGUUUUAAUACAUUCGAGUGUCAUUGUUUAUACUGUAGUAAUAUUCAUAAUGAAAUGCUACAGUCAAGGAGUGUUCCUUGUACCCUUUUAUGUUCUCAAUUUAUAAUACACUUCAAUCUGAAAAUAUA